CUUGUAUUUGUUUUAUUCAUGUCUGCUCGCAGUUUCUUGUCAACAGGACGUAAAAUCGUCGCCAUUGGGCGUAACUUUAGCGAGCACGCGAAAGAACUGGGAAACGCAGUUCCAAAAUCGCCCUUCUUUUUCCUUAAACCAACUUCGUCCUACCUUCCAAAUGGCGGUUCCAUUGAAAUUCCCAAAGGAUGCGAUGUGCAUCACGAAGUGGAACUAGCCGUGGUGAUUGGCAAGGAGACCCGUGACUGCCGUGCCAGCCAUGCCAUGGAUCAUAUUGCAGGUUAUGCUUUGGCGUUGGAUUUGACGGCUCGUAAUUUACAGAAUGAGGCCAAGAAAAAAGGGUUGCCCUGGAGCACUUCAAAGGGAUACGAUACAUUCACACCUAUCAGUGAUUUCAUCCCAAAGGCAUCCAUUCCUGAUCCUGCUGACGUUCAUUUAUGGCUCAAGGUGAAUGACCAACUGCGUCAAAAUGGCAAUACGAAAGAUAUGAUCUUCAGUGUGCCGCAACUGAUAGAGCAUAUUUCCUCCAUCAUGAGGUUGGAAGUUGGAGAUGUUAUCUUGACAGGUACCCCUUCGGGGGUGGGACCCAUCAAAGCCGGAGAUGUGGUGACGGCCGGAUUAAAGCCCGAUUCAGCUCUUAGAGAUUCUCUCGCCGUGAAAUUCAACGUCAUUGAUCGUCAGUCAACCUCAUAAUCUGCGUACUUGAACUACAUCUAUCUAUCUAUCUAUAUAUCAUUUAUAAACUAACAUUAUAUAAUAAGGCGAAAAACAAAUUUCGUUGGAAGUGCGAUCUAUU